UGUCUUGGUAACCCUGGUUGUUAUUUUAAAAUGUCUGUUAAUAAUAAUAUUACGUGAGAGUUGCGUGUUAGAUAGUAUAAUAUUUAAUAUUGCGGUUUGAGUGUUUCAGACCUCUUGUUUAGUCGCGAAAACGUAGCCAACUCGGGUGUUUUAGAUUAUUGGAAGCAAGUAUUAUAGGUGUUCACUAAAAAAGCAUGACAUCCAAUGCUUUGGGAUUAGAAAAUUUACAGACCAAGAAAGAAGUUGAUAAUGUAAUCAAACAAACUGAAGACAAAGUUCUAGUCCUCCGGUUUGGUAAAGAAAAUGACCAGUCAUGUUUAGCUCUGGAUCAUAUUCUCAGUAAAACUGCAGUCUUGUUGUCUAAAAUGGCAGAUAUCUACUUAGUGGAUGUAGACAAAGUGCCUGUGUACACUCAAUACUUUGAUAUUACCAUUGUCCCUGCAACAGUGUUCUUUUUUAAUGGUCAACACAUAAAAGUGGAUUAUGGAACACAAGACCACACAAAGUUUAUUGGAGCUUUUAAAGAUAAACAGGACUUCAUUGACUUGGUUGAGGUUAUCUAUCGUGGGGCAAUGCGUGGAAAACUCAUGGUUAGAUCUCCAAUUGAUCCUUCAAGGGUGCCAAAGUAUGACCUUCUCUAUAUGGAUAUCUAAAGUUCUCGAAACUCAAAUAUUUGGUAUUGAUGUUGGAAAAGAUGGAUGAUGUAUAAUAUGUACAUUUCACUUAUAAGAUACAUUUUCAUGUAUUAAAAUAAUUUUCUAUCAACUUU